ACGGAGCGUGGGCGUUGAGGAGACGAAUCUUCGCCUCUCUCGUCAGUGAACCUCCAAGCCCCUCUGAAGUGUGUGGGUUGAAAAACUCACCUCAUCUCACCUAUUUCAUCCCCGAGUGCUCUUUGUUGUGCUAAAACUGCCAAUCCAAAUGACCAAAUAAAACACGAAACAAUUACCAGUGAUUGAAUAAAAUGGAUAACACCGGAUUAUUUAUUAUCGGAGUCUGUGUAGUGAUCAGUACCUCCGGUUUUAAUCUGGAGCCCAGGAUACCUGUCAUAAAACGAGGAGUAAGUGGCUCUUAUUUCGGUUACUCCGUUGCUGAACAUCAGGACGAUUCGGAGAACAAUGUCAAGAGCUGGAUUCUAGUGGGAGCGCCUCUGGAUCAAAAUAGACAACCCGGUACCAACAGAUCCGGGGCAUUAUGGCAGUGUCCGCUGACCACGACUACCAGUGACUGCACACAGGUCAUAACAGACGGCAGAUUGACUGAAGAUGGUCUAAAUGAUCCAAAUAUCGAGUCCGAUGAGUUGAUCUCACCCGGAAAUGACGAGAUAAAGGACGGCCAGUGGUUGGGUGUGACAGUCCGAAGUCAGGGAGUUGGAGGGAAGGUAAUGGUCUGUGCGCACCGUCACAUAGUGAAGACAGCUGAUUCCCAAUGGGGACAGGGCCAGUGCUACAUCCUGACACAGGACCUCAAGUAUCAGGACCUGAAAAAACCGUGCUCGGGGAAGCCCACCAACAAGGCUCACGAGCAAUUCGGCUAUUGUCAGGCAGGUACCAGUGGAGUUCUCACCUCUGACGAUCGAGUGGUCAUUGGGACCCCUGGGCCUCACACCUGGAGGGGGACUCUGUACCUGUUCACGGUCUCUGAUGAUUAUCUGGCAAGGGACAGCACGGUUUAUCAUGCCCCCAUGCAGGACGCAUCGCCUGUUAAUAAGUAUAGUUACCUGGGGAUGUCUGUUACGGUUGGCAAUUUUUUCGGGAGUGGACUUAGUUACGCCUCUGGGGCACCGAGGUCUAAUGGCACUGGACAGGUGGUCAUUCUAACGAGACAGGAUUUCAGACCUGAUAUGGACGUAGCCCUGACCCUCGACGGCGAGCAAUUCGCUUCGUCCUUCGGCUACGAAAUAGCCGCCCUGGACGUGAAUGGUGACAAAAAAACUGACCUGGUGGUGUCAGCUCCCUUCUACUUUAAUAAACUCGAAGGAGGGGCUGUCUACGUGUACACCUCCCUCUGCCGCAGCAACCGCGACUCCGAUAACUGCCGGCCGACGAAGCUAGUCGGCCGCGAGGAGUCCCGAUUUGGUUUCGCCCUAGCUAACCUGGGGGACCUGAAUCACGAUGGGUUCGAGGACUUGGCUAUUGGUGCCCCUUACGAGGGGAAAGGCACCGUCUACAUUUAUUUGGGAUCCAAGAACGGUAUCCUGACCACUCCCUCCCAGGUCAUCCAUUCCGAGGAUACCCCAGUCCCCCUGCGAACUUUCGGUUACUCCCUAAGUGGAGGAAUAGACAUGGAUAAAAAUGGAUAUCCAGACCUGCUGAUAGGGGCUUACGACAACGACGCCGUUGUUCUCCUCAGGGCGCGCAAGAUAAUCGACAUCACCACGUUCAUCAGAUACUCAAAGAACAAUUCUUAUGUUGACAAAAUUGAGCCCAUUGACCCCAACAGGAUCGGCUGCUCUGCCGAGCCCUCAUCGAAUUUUACGUGCUUCGAAUUCGAGGCCUGCUGCAAGACCGAGUCCUUGAGGCAGAACGAGGGAAUGCAAAAUUUGAAGUUGAAUUAUCAUAUCGAGGCCGAGACGUUUACGGGACAAAAGAAGUUCUCGAGGGUAUGGUUCGAGGCGGGAAGGAACAAAGCGCACUAUGUGAACAGAAACGUCACCCUGGACGCGACAAAGUUGAUGCAUUGCCAGAGGGAGGUCAUAUACCUGAAAGAGAACACCAGGGACAUUCAGUCGCCGAUAAAAUUCCGAGUGAAUUACACUCUCGUGCAAGACGAACCCAAGAUGCCGCGGGAGGGAGAACCUCUGACGGAUAUCAAUAAUUAUCCGAUUCUCAAUCAACAGGAGGCCGCGAGGGUCUUCGAGGCGACUUUCCAGAAGGAUUGCGGGGAUAAUGAUAUCUGUGAGAGCGAUAUGAGGGUCGAGGCGAAACUUAAACUGGCACCUUCACCGAUUAAACCCAACUUCUACGAACUCCUCCUCGGGGAAGUGGAAGAGGUCAUAGUGGACGUCAAUGCAGCGAACAUAGGUGAAUCGGCUUAUGAGGCCCAGUUGUUCGUGUCUCACUCCCCCAGUCUGAACUACAUCGCCUCCAAGAGUAAUGAGUCCAUAAUCUGCAACCUUCACAACGCAACUCUCGUCGUCUGUGCGAUUGGUAAUCCCUUCCGGAAGGACAACGCUGUCAGCCUCCAGAUUCGAUUCGAUCCAAAAGGGGUUGAGGACAAUGAGCCCCAACUGGGCUUCAAAAUAUUCGCCAACUCGACGUCCCAGGAGGUCAGCAAGAAGUCCCCUGUCAACUUGCAGGCGAUUGUCGUCAAGAGGGCGGAACUGUCGAUCAAGGGAAGUGCAAAGACCCAGUGGGCGUAUUACGGAGGUGAAGUUGUGGGGGAGUCUGCGAUCAAGAGACUGGACCAGGUCGGCCCCAAGGUCUCGCACAUCUAUGAGGUGUUCAAUGAGGGCCCCUGGAAGGUCCGAACGGUUGAGGUUUUUAUUUCAUGGCCGUAUGAAGUCGCCAAUGAUAAGCCUCAUGGCAAGUGGCUGUUGUACCUUGAGGAUAAACCAAUUGUCAGUCACUCCGGGGAGUGUUUCCUCCCUGCGGGAUUCAAGGAGAAUCCUCUGGAUCUGCUGCGGAGCUCCAGCUAUGAGGAUCUGGAUCCCUUGUACAACACUGGAGACACCGCACCUGCGGCCUAUUGGCGGAAUAGGACGACUGGUAAUCGGGUGAGGGAGAGAAGGGACACGGAGAAGGUCGUUAAUACUAGGACUGUCGUGGAUGAUGAUGGACAUCGACAUCAGGUUGUGUCUAUGAAUUGCAAAGGAGGUACUGCCAAGUGUUUUGACAUCCGUUGCAUAAUCUACAAUCUAGAACGAAAGCAAGAGGCCACGAUAACAGUCAAGGCCAGACUCUGGAAUUCAACUCUCGUGGAAGAUUACCCUAAAGUCGAUAAAGUCAAAAUAGGAUCCAAUGCCAGGAUCGUCAUCCCUCCGAAUAUUGAGAUCCAGCAGGAAGAUCUCAAAAAUGAUCAUGCUAUUGCUGAAACCAUAGCCUAUCCGGACCUUGGAGACCAGCAAGACGCUGAGCCAGUUCCAAUUUGGAUAAUAAUCGUGGCUAUCGUUGCUGGAUUAUUACUUCUAAUUCUUUUGACAAUCGUCUUAUGGAAACUUGGAUUCUUCAAACGUCGCAGGCCAGAUCCAACUCUCUCUGGUAAUUUAGAAAAACACAGGGAUGAUAACCCAGAGCAUGAGGCACUCUUCAAGCAUUGAGAGGAGAAAGUAAGAGAAAAAGAAGAGAAACUGCCAUUUACAAUUUUAAUUUUAAAGAAAAAUAUUGCUUUUUUUUUUAAACAAAUCAGGAAAAACAGAAUUGCAGAAAAGAGAAGACUUGAGCCUAUAACUACGUACUAAUGGCCUUAUGUAUUUAUAAUAAUGAGUUUGUAACGUAGCGUUUGACGAAAUGAAGCCUUGCAUUUAUGUGAUAGCUCACGAAAGGCAGCGUCCCAUCAAAAUAACUCCAAUACCAGUUAUUUUUUAACUAAAUGAUCCAUGUGAAGUAGUUUCUAAUGGUUUGAGUAACUUUUUUACGAGAAAUCAGUAUUUUAUGAGUAACAUCUACUGUAGGUGCUGGUUUUACUCUUUGGUGCUUGGUUUAUGGUAGAUAAUUUCCAAAUUUUCACGUCUAAAUAUCACUCUCUCAGUUGAAAAUUGGGGUUUGGGGAUUAUUUUGAAAUCUAGAGGCACUAAAGAUUUUUUAAACAAUUCUCAUGAUUAUCUUAAACAGCUAAAGGUAUGGAGGAAUACAUGAAUCAUUUUUAUAUGCAGCUCAAGGUGAUAAUUAUAUAAUUCAAUAUUUAGAUAACAUCUCCUGCAGCUGCUGUUUUGUACCUUUGGAGCGCAAUUUUGUGAAAAUAAUCCUACAAUUUCAGGUAUUUCGUAUUUAAAUUCUAUUUUUUAAAAAUUACAAUGAAUGAAAAAUGAGGUUUGAGGAUUAUUUUAGAAUCCAAAGGCACUAAAGAUUUUUAAAACAAUUUUAAUGAUUAUUUGAAUGGCCUGGAGUUUGUUACAAAACUUUAUUAUCUCUAUUUACACUUCACAAUUCAAUUAUUGAUGAUUCACAUCAGUUAAUUACAAUUUAAUUAAUUGUAUGGAGGAAUGUGCGAUCAUUUUUAUACGCAGCUCUAGGUAAUGGAUGCAAUUAAAUAUUUGCACUUCUUAAUGACGAAGACAAGAUAGUCAUAUUUAAUUUACAAAUUUUAAAUUUUUGUAAUUUACAUCGAAACAAUGUCGUUAGAUGCAUUCAAACCAGUAUAAACAAUACAUCGACAAAUUACGUCACUUAUUACCUUACAGCGGCAAUUCAUUUUCAUUUAAAAAAUCAUUAGUUAAUGAACGAGUUUUGGAGAAUGACGACCUGCAUUUUGGUACUUAAACCAUUUUCCUCAAGCUUAACGAGAAAUUUUAAAUUGAUUAAUUGUUGAUAAAACAUUCCUAUUUCGUCAAAAUUUCAAUUUUACGAUCUGAAAAUCUUAAUUUUUAACAUAACAAAAGCACAAACAUAAUUGAUACAAUUACCAAUCAUAUGAAUUAAAAAAAAUACUAUGAUAAGUGUCUGAGACCUAAUCAUCUACUAGACUUACGUGCUUUCUCGAAUAUUUGGUGGUGAAACCAUUCGUCAUGUUUUAAAUUAAGGGGAUUACCUGAUGAUAAAUUAUAGAUGAUUCGUUUCGUUUAUACAGUGUAAAAAUUUUUUAAAAUAAAAUAUAUAUUAUUUAAGA